UCUACCAGCUCACCUCUCAGCAUUCACUUCAUUCACGUUUUACGUUAUGGUUUCCAUUCCUUUUAACUCUCUUGAACAGACUCCCAUCUCUUCCCACCUCUCCCUUUAUUUUCUUCCCAUGAGAGAUCUCUCUCUGUUCUUCCUGAAGAAUUCCUUUGCCUCCAAAAUGAGGAGAGCCAUUCGAAGCUCCUGUAACGGUAACAAAUCCGAUGCAGAUGUUUCCUGCAUCGCCGCUCAAUCUCUCUCUGGUUCUUACAUGGAGGAGGCGAGCAAUGUCAAAGGGAGUCCGAAAACACUUGAGGAGAUGUUACUGCAGUUGGACUUGGAGGAGGCAGCGGCGAGAAGAGCUAAGCUUGAGGGCUACGGUGAGAUCAACCGAAGGAUGUCUUGCGUGAACAACUCGGAUAUCUUGAGAUCAGCAAGGAACGCUCUGAAUCAGUACCCUCGGUUUUCCUUGGAUGGCAAGGACGCAAUGUAUAGAUCCUCCUUUCGCAACUUUGGCGAAGGAUGCAGGAAACCUAUGAAUGGUGGGAAGAAAGGGUAUGAGAUGGAUGUGGAGAGGAGUCUUCGAAUGCCCCCGACGGUGGCGGGAGAGUGCGUGGUUUGGUGCAAGCCCGGCGUCGUGGCGAAGCUGAUGGGUUUGGAUGCGGUUCCGGUCCCUGUGCCAGUGCCAGGGAGAAAUCGGCAUAGGAGGAGACUGAACCAGAACCCUGAUGUAAUAGCCAGGAGUAGGAAUUUGAGGAGACUGGGGAGGUAUGAGAUGGAGAAGGAUAGGGUUGCAAGGAACUUGAGCGGAUGCAGGGAGAGGCUGAGGAGGGAGAACUCGGCC